AGAGCCGGAAGGUUUUCUCACGCUGUCCAAAUUUCCCAAUUCUAGUUACAAGUUUACAGUCAUCUCAUCCCCCAGCAACCAAACGGAAACAAAACACAACUACGUAGCAAACAUGGCCGUCCAAGCGAAACUCCAACAGAACAGCCUCGUGCAGUCGGUUACCGGCUCCGUCAUGCCUUACCUGCAAAGUGCGCAGUCUCUCGCCGUCUCCGCCAUCUACACAUCCAAGGCUAUCCUCGACCGUUACCCACCGGUUAAGGCUUUCGUCUACACUUUGGGAGGAGCCGCCGCGGUUCCCCUGGCCGUCUUCAUCGGAUACGGAGCAGCGACCGGAGCUGUCGUGUUGGGCGUUGCGGGAACGGGCGUCGCCAUGGUCCAGGGAGGAUUCCUUGCCUUUGGAGGAUUCUUCUUGUUCUGGUGGUUAGCCGGCGCUUUGAUUUUCGCAUCCAUUGCUGCGUUUUGGUUCACCCUUGCCUACUUCGCCUUCCAACUGGCCAAGCGUUUCGAGGGAUCCGCGUAAACGAACCCGCAAACUGCAUCAGUAGCAGUGCGUCUCAGUACGAACACGUACCAGAUUGAGCAGCACCAUCAUCCCUUCUCCCUGGAGUUUAUAUAGUCCACAUCGUAAUUAGAAUUCAGCAAAACGGCCUCAUUCAGCAAAUGUAUCCGGCGUAUACACAUACACGCACCCUUGUACGAUUUGGCGAACACUAUGCUAAAUCAUACCGGGCGUCCCUCCUUCCGAGUUACUUUAAUAAAAUUACUUUCUGUUCUCGUGUGC